UGCAUGUAAUAGAGGAAAAACCUGAAUCUCUGUAAUUCCGCCAAAAUCGCUCAAAGGAAGGCCUCAUCUCAAUCCAUGGACGUUGAAGCUUCAGUCCAAGGAGGUCUCAUGGUGAACAUAUCCAAGAAAAGUAUCGUGAAAUCCAUCGCUCCAUCGGAAGAUCCUCCUCAGGUCCUCACUCUCUCCAACCUCGACCUUCUCUCCGGGCGGUUUCCGGUGAGCUACUUCUACUUUUACCGGAAACCGGCGAGUGAUGACGGUGACUUCGCCUUCAUUGUGGAAGCCCUCAAGAGCUCUUUAGCAGCUACUCUAGCUCACUUCUACCCGUUCGCUGGUCGGAUUGUCCCGAACCCGAACACUGGCGAACCAGAAAUCGUCUGUGAUAACACAGGAGCAUUGGUUCUUGAAGCUGAUGCGAGCAGAGAUUUGAAUCGGUUGGAUUUCCACAAUCUCAAUCAGUUCAUGCAAGGGAAGCUCGUUGACAUUCAACCCGACUUCCCGGUUCAAGUUCAGGUAACGAAGUACAGCUGCGGAAGCAUUUCGUUGACGUUCAGCUUCGACCACGCCCUCGGCGACGCGAGCGCAUUCGGCAAGUUUCUUCUCUCGUGGUCCGAAAUUUCGAGGAACAUACCGAUUUCAUGCAGACCGAAUCAUAGUCGCAACCUCCGCCCACGUAUCCCUCCGACAUACCACUCGUCACUAGACCAAGCUUUUCUGAAGUGCACCUUGGAAGACAUACUAAACAUCCCGACGCCCAAUACUUUGCUCAAGCGGCUUUAUCACGUGGAGUACGAAAGCAUUAGUAACUUGCAGAAGCUCGCCUCGUCGGAUGGUCGGAGCCGGACGAAGAUCGAGGCCUUCUCGGCUUAUCUAUGGAAGAUGAUGGUCCGCGCAAUCAAUGUCGAGUUACAUGCGAAUUGCAAGAUGGGUUGGUUAGUCGAUGGAAGAGGAAGGAUGGGCGACGGAGAUUCUGACCCGUCGCCGGAUUACAUAGGAAAUGUGUUGUCUUUGGCUGUCGGAGAGGCAAGUAUUGAAGACUUGAAGAACGGGACUAUAGCAGAUGUUUCAAGCAAGGUUCACGAGGCAAUUUCUGAGGUCACAACUCGAAGUCAUUUCUUGGAUUUGAUAGAUUGGAUCGAAUGCCAUAGGCCCGGGCUGAUGCUGUCUAGGGUUGUCCUUGGUCAAGGAGGGCCCACGCUCGUCGUCUCUUCCGGUCGGAGAUUCCCGGUGGCGGAAUUGGAUUUUGGGUUCGGAAACCCUGUGCUAGGGACGGUUUGUUCCACCAUAGAAAAGAUCGGCCUCAGCUACGUGAAUCAGAGAUCGAGUGCUAGAGGCGACGGCUCGUGGACCGUGUCGGCUAUCCUGAGGCCGGAGCUGGCGGCCGCAUUCGAAUCGGAUCCCAUUCUUCAACCCAUGUCUACUAGACAUCUUCAACUGUAGUGUUCGUGUAUAUUGUGAUUUACAUUAGCCUGAGCUACUGUACCUACUAUUGGUUAGGAAAAGCCUUUCAUGUGCCAACGUGUAUAAUUACUAUAGAAUUGAUAUUUAGAAAUUGUGGUAGGAUAUCAAAAAUGGAAAAAUCAUCUUGA